CUUAAUACCAAGCCCCAAAAAACCAAAAGAAAAAAACAAUAUGAAAACCAACCUUCUCUUUUGCAUCAUCUGCUUCACUUGCAUCAUUGUCUGCUUAGCAGAUAAUGAUAACCUCCAGGAUACCUGCCCAACAGCUACAACUGGGCAAAAAACCAUCUUCAUCAAUGGUUUCCCAUGCAAGAAUCCAGCCACCAUCAUUGCUUCAGAUUUCAAGUCCUCAAAACUGAAGAAUCCGGGCAACACAGACAACUUAUUCCAUUCCUCGUUGACCCUUGCCACUGCUUCAGAUUUUCCAGGCCUUAACACUCUUGGCCUUUCCAUUGGCAGAACUGAUCUUGAAGUGGAUGGUCUUGUAAUACCUCACUCUCAUCCCAGAGCCUCUGAGCUGUUCUUCGUCUUCAAAGGUGUUGUGAUAGCUGGUUUUGUCGACACCUCAAACAAGGUUUUCCAAACGGUUCUCAGGGCAGGAGAUGUGUUUGUGUUCCCCAAAGGGCUGCUUCACUUCUGCUUCAACACUGGUUUUGAAUUUGCAACUGUUUUCUCAGUGUUGAAUAGCCAGAAUCCCGGGGUGGUCAGCAUCAGUAGUGGCCUGUUCGAGCUGGAUUCAGAGGUUAUCCGUAAGCUUGAGAGGAAAUUAAUCUCAGUUUCCAAAAUGGAGGAUAAUCGCAUCCUUAAUGAAACAUUUUCAAGAUUUAUCAAUCUGUAAAUCACAUAAAUAUUAUAUGUGUUUGACACAUGAAAGAACAUAUAUAGUCAUGUGUUUAUUAAUUAUCACAAACAUACCGAUAUUUAUUGGAGUGUCUUGAGUAUUGUAGUCUAGCUUGUAUUGUAAGCAACAAUGUUAUGAACUAUCUUAUGUUUGUUUCAAAUUACCUUUUUUUU